AUGACCACAGGGCGUGCCAUGGUCAGCGGUUCCGCCAGCCCCGUGGGCUCAGGUCCUUCACAGCUGGUCACAAGUUGGGAUUGCACCUCCGGGUACCGGACACCAGAUCGUCCCAGAGGCUUCAUCAGGUGCUUUGAGCGCAAAGAGCCUGAGCAAGUUGUUAAGCGACGGCAAAGCACUUCCAGCAUUGACAAGUUGUCUCAUGAGGCAUUGUUAGCACCUGCGAGGGAGCUGCGGCGAAUGUCACUGGCACCGCCAGUGGAUGCAGAGAAGGCUCAAAAGGAGCUUGAAGAGACGAAGAAUCUUCUUGAGAAAUGUAUGUCUGACCUAGCAGAUCAGAAAAUGUAUGAUCAGAUGCUUGAGAAGUUCAGGCCCUUUUUGACAGCGCUCUCACGGGCAGAACAACUCCUCCGCCGUGAGCAGCCUGAAACGCUGCUGGGUUUCUUGGAACCUAAGGAGCUGCUGCUGGCGCUGCCCAUGUUGCAACGUCGCCGGGUGUCGAAGAUUCCGGAACCUGAUUUGCUCAAGGUCGUGGAGGCUCCAUCGCCACCGGUGAUCUCCCCGACGCGUCGCGCCGCCGUGGAGGCAGAUGCCAAAGUCAUGCGGGAGAAGCGUCUGCGAAGGGCAACUAGAAGGCCAGAGGAGUCGCUGGAAGAUCUACUGAUUAAGAGCAGGGAUCAAGCAGAGGCGUUGGACUAUGCCGCUGGUGGAGACUCUGAUGAGGUUCAGGUGGCUUUUGAGACUUUCCACCGUGCCGUGCGGCAAGCAUUUGAAAAGAAGGCAGCUGCAAAGGGCCGUUUGAGUUUGGAAGGUUUCGAACCCAAACCGCAAAUGGCUGCCUUCCUAGUCGACGUGGGUGUGAAGCGGAAGGCUUGGAGAUCACGAGUCUUCUAUGUGUUGACGAAACUCCUAGAGUUGAAAGCAUGGCAAGAGCACCUCCAGGGUUCUGAGGUCCAAUGGUUCCUUGACGCACAGUCGCCUGGGCAAAGCCCAAUCGAAGUGCUGUCCCCCUCUGUGGGGUCACCGCACCAUUCGGAGCCGGAGCCGGAGCAGAGCGCUCAACAGCUUCAGGUGAAGCCGACUGCCGGGAUGGCUGGGCUCUCACCAACACAGGUGGAGGAGUCUGAGCAGAAGGCGCCAUGGUAUGUGAAAGUGUGCUUCUCCCUCUUGGGAGUUGACAGAACUCUGAGGUUCUGCAAGUGCCUGGUACCAAGAGAUAUCCACCAACUGGCGGGCCUGUUGUUGACACGCGUAGUACCAUGCCCACACUUGGAGUUGGAGCAGCUUGGCUAUGAGAGCACUGGCUUCCGUGGUCAAGGUCUCAGGGGCUCCACCAAAGAAGUUUACCAGGAGCGAAGCUUCAAUUCCAAUGGCAGCCUCACACACUGCUAUGCUGCUCCAGGGGAUGGAACAUCAGCUGCAUUCCCCACGGAGCGCAAGCACGACAUUAGCUUUUGGAUUUCGCCAGAUUUCACUGAAGAGCUGCUGCUCCGAUGCUUCAGUUCCACUGCGGGCCGAUUGAACGGCUUGCAGCCGGAGGCUUUCCGUCACCAGCAGCACCAAAUGCAUUACUCAGGAUGUGUGGAAGCACCUUUGCAGCGACCUGCGAGAACGCCUCAUGCAGGAUCCUUCAGUGGAGCCGAGAAGAUCGCAGAAGAAAAUGUUCGGACCGUGCAGAAACUAUCAGAAACUCAUUCUCCAUCUUCAGGAUGA